AUGUUUAAACAGAUAUUUGAUUAACCACAGAUAUAGUCUUCUAAUUAAAAUACAUAAGGAUUUAAAUUUAAAACUUCCGUUGAACCCUUUGAAAAAAUUGAAAAUAAUAGAAAAAACUAGGGCAUUAUUGAGAAAGAUUCUUAAAGGGAUAGAGCACUAACAAAUUAAUAACUACAUUAUAAAAAACCAAUAGACAUACACAAAUAUCAGACCAACACUACCAAUAGAGAUUUAAAAACCUCUGUGCUUGUGUAGCCGAUUGAAUAAAAUUUCCCAAUUAUUUAAAGUUCGGAAUUUAAUCCAUAUAGAGAAAAUGUUUCAUUUCCUUUUUAUAAUAAUAAAAAAAACGCAGUAUAGGUUACAAAUAGCACUUCUAAACACAGGAGUUAUACUUUAAAUGGAAUCCCUUAAAGAGGCAAUCAGUAGUGCGAAAUUAUAAAUAACCCAAGAGGAAAAUAUCGACUUGUGAUUAAAAAACUAAGACUUAAAAUUGUUGCCCUAUUUGUUCGAGCCGCUCUCAGGUUUAGCAGAAAAUACAAAAUCACAUUUUAAAAAAGAAAUUAAGCUUUAGAACAUUUUAGUAAAUUGAAGUAGCCACAUUUAAUCCACUUUAAGACUAUGGGAGAAAGGCAUAUUAAAUUCUUUUAUCGUACCUUCGUUGAAUAGGUUUUCUCCAAAAUUAUUAAACUGUUAAAGACUGAAGAGUAUAUUAAAGAUUAUACUUAUAUCUUAAAAUAAAAAUAAGAAAUGAUAUUGGAUUUCCAGAAACAGAGGUUGUGCUUUUUCAUAAAAUUAAUAUUUUAAGAUUUAGAAUUGAUAACAAGAAAAAAUUUAAUACCUGGAUUUAUGAUGGAUUGCCUAAAUUUAUGUCUUUUUUCUAAAAAAAAUACAUAAACAAGCUUGUUUGUUGCAAAUAGGACUAAGUUUUAUUCAAAGACAGUUCAUUCUCUCAAUUAAUAGCAGAAAGUGUUAAUUGCAUUAGAAUUCCUUAUCUUCACUGUUAUUAUACCUAAUGCAUUGGAUAUUGCUAAUUAAUAUGAAUCCGUCAAUGAAAAUCAACAAGCAAUAAUUCAACUUUACUUCAUUUCCAUAGUUAUGCUAUUAUCAGGAUUCUUCACAAAUUAUUUCAAGGACUUGCCCAAAAUCUAAUCAUCAAAUGUUAAACCAGUCUAAUUAUAGUUGAAAGUCAGUGAAGAUUAAGAGGACAAUCCUGUCUAAACAUAAUUAAUUAUAUCCCAAGAUUUAGAAUAAAAUGAUGAAUUGGUACUCUCUGGAGACUUGAAAAUUAAUUUCAUUAAUAAAAACUUUAGUGACAAACCUAACUUCUAAAAAGAUAUGGGUAAACUCUUUUCAAAAAUAGUUACGAAUGUUGGAGCAAUAAUUGAUAUUUCAAAUUUAGAAUGA